GCGGAGAGUGAAGAGUGCAGAGCUUUGCUGUUUGCUGUUUAAUUCCUUUAAUUCCACUUAUGUUACGAGUGUUGUGCGUCUAUUCAAAGUUAACUAUAAACACUAAAAUAUUCCCAUCAGGCUACGUUGAAGACUUAAUUGAAGGACAGCAAGAACAUGAGCGAUCCAGAACCCUGCGAAAUUAAAAAUGAAGACUCUGAACAACAAAUAGACCUAAUUGAAGAGAAUGAGGGGAAUAAAGAGGAGGAACAUUAUAUCAAAAUUGAGGAAAAAACUCAUUUACAGACUGAUGGUAUUUUAAAAAGGAGAGACAAGAAUUGUUUCACCUGCACUCAUUGUGGAAAGAGUUUUGGAAGUAAAGGCGAUCUUACGAUUCACAUCAGGAUCCACACUGAAGAGAAACCAUUCACAUGCACUCAGUGUGGGAAGAGUUUUAGCCACUCAUCACGCCUUAAUCAACACAUGAUGAUCCACACAGGAGAGAAACCAUUCACAUGCACUCAGUGUGGGAAGCGUUUCAGCCAAUCAUCACACCUUAAUAAACAUAUGAUGAUCCACACUAGAGAGAAACCUUUCACAUGCGCUCAGUGUGGGAAGAGUUUUAGCCAAUCAUCACGCCUUAAUGAACACAUGAUGAUCCACACAGGAGAGAAACCAUUCACAUGCUCUCAGUGUGGGAAGAGUUUCAUCCGCUCAUCAUCCCUUAAUCUACACAUGAUGAGCCACACUGGAGAGAAACCAUUCAAAUGCCUUCAGUGUGGGAAGAGUUUUUGCCAAUCAUCAAACCUUAAUCUGCACAUGAUGAGCCACACUGGAGAGAAACCAUUCAAAUGCCUUCAGUGUGGGAAGAGUUUUUGCCAAUCAUCAAACCUUAAUCUACACAUGAUGAUCCACACAGGAGAGAAACCAUUCACAUGUACUCAGUGUGGGAAGAGUUUUAACUGCUUUUCGCACCUUAAUCAACACAUGAGGAUCCACACUGGAGAGAAACCUUUCAAAUGCACUCAGUGUGGGAAGAGUUUCAGACAGUCAACAAACUUUAAUCUACACAUGAGGAACCACACUGGAGAGAAACCAUUCACUUGCACUCAGUGUGGGAAGAGUUUCAGCCAAUCAGCAUCCCUUAAUCAACACCUGAGGAUCCACACUGGAGAGAAACCAUUCACUUGCACUCAGUGUGGGAAGAGUUUCAGCCAAUCAUCAUCCCUUAAUCUACACAUGAGGAUCCACACUGGAGAGAAACCAUUCACAUGCACUCAGUGUGGGAAAUGUUUCAGACAAUCAUCGUCCCUUAAUCUACACAUGAGGAUCCACACUGGAGUGAAGCCAUUCACUUGCACUCAGUGUGGGAAGAGUUUCAGCCAAUCAUCAAACUUUAAUCUACACAUGAGGAUCCACACUGGAGAGAAACCAUUCACUUGCACUCAGUGUGGGAAGAGUUUCAGGCAAUCAUCAAACCUUAAGCUACACAUGAGGAUUCACACUGGAGAGAAACCAUUCACUUGCACUUGAGCCGCGAUCACACUGGACUUUUCUCCCCUUAGACUUCCAUUCAUACGCACGUUAAUGCGUCAGACCGGAAACGCAAGUUUGUGCGUCAAGUUUCGCAGUUCACUGCCUUGCAAAGAUCAAGCUUUGUGAAUUCUGACCAGCGAAAUCGCAUCACUUGACUGUGUGAGACCAAUCGAAGAUCAAAACAUGACCUCUCUGGACAGAAAUUUAAAAUAUGGACCAAUCGCUCACUUUUUUAAUGUCUAAUCAUCUUGUUUAAUCCCGCUCCUUUUCGCAGCGCCAUACAACAGAAUUUCGCAUGCUCAAACUCUAGUGUGACCGCAGCUUCGGUGUGGGAUGAGUUUCAACAACUCAUCAGACCUUAAACACAUGAAGACCCACACUGGAGAGAAACCAUUCACAUGCAGUCAGUGUGGGAAGAGUUUCAACCGAUCAUCAAAUCUUAAUGAACACAUGAAGAUCCACACUGGUGUGAAAGAGUAUAUGUGCUUGAGUGUGAGAAGACUUUUAUUACAGCUCUAAAAGUGAAACUGCACCAGACGAUUCACACUGAAGAGACCAUACAAGUGUUCACUUUGUGACGAGGUUUAAUCGGUUAACACAUCUGAAAACACAAAAGAGGAUUCACACUGGAGAGAAACCGUACAGAUCUGAUCAGUGUCUACAGAAUUGGACAAAAAGUUGCACACAUGACAUGAAUACAGCAAAACAUUUUCCCACGUGCACAGGAUGUUUUAAUGUCUGAAUAAUGUUUGAAAAGGCUGAGUGACGGCAUACUGUUUUUCCAACACUCCUACACUGCAGUAGGAGGGGUUGUAAAUGUGUCGCUCUCCUCGCGUUUACCGUAAACACAAUGAUGGCGGCUGAGAGAAGAACAGUUUUAUAAACAUCUGGCAAACAGCACCUCUGCGGCUUAAAAUCUCUCUUUGCAAGUGAUUGUACGGGUGCGGAUACAUCUGUACUCCACUCUCCAGUGUAUUCAUGUAGCUAGUGUUGUUUUGGAUGAUGUUCUCUGUCUGACUCCCUGAAUGAGAAACAUCAAUGGGAAGACGCCGCACAUCAAAGGUGGAGCUCCAGGACAGUUAGUUUGCAGUAUACCAGGGCCUCAACUUUAGAAAACCCAUUCAA